AUGACCACGGGGGAUCCUGAGAAGAUGUUCUGGGAUCCCCAUCGGAAAGGUCCAUUCCGAACUUACUGCGGCUCGGAUUGGCCUGCUCUUGAUGUGGGAUGGCCACCAGAGGGGACCUUCGACCAUGAUGCCAUUCAGAAGGUACUGUUUACUACUGAGGAGCGGGAAAGAAUCCAGUCGGAAGCCAGGAAACUGGUUCCUGGGCCCACUGGAGUUCCCACCACUGACCCAGCUCGAAUUGACGCCGGUUUUCCCCUAGUGUGGCCAAACUGGGACUACAACAUGGCUGAAGGGUCCACAGGAAUAAAACAGUAUCCAUGGACUACCCAAAGAACAGUAGACCUUGGUGUGGGCCGGGUACCCCAGUCCUUUAUGGUCAUCCCAGAAUGCCCAUAGCCCUUACUAGGCCGUGAUCUGCUGACCAAACUGGGAGCUCAAAUCCAUUUUUCGGCUGAGGGGACUAAGGUAUUAGACCAGGCUGGGCAACCAAUACAUCAGCUCAGGCUGAUGGACGAAUACUGCCUGCAUGAGGCACCACUGUCUCCAGAUGCAGAGAUUCAACCUUGACUCCAGCAGUUCCCAUCAGCAUGGGCUGAGACUGGAGGCAUGGGGUUAACAAAACAUAGACCCCCAGUGUUCGUAGAACUGAAGCCUGGGGCAAACCCAGCCCGGGUCCGCCAAUACCCCAUGUCCCUAGAAGCCAAAAAGGGCAUAACUCCCCAUAUCAGGCACCUACUAGACCUAGGAGCUCUAAGGUCAUGUCAAUUGGCCUGGAAUAUGCCUUUGUUACCCAUCUGCAAGCCAAAUUCUAAUGAUUACAGGCCUAUACGGGAUCUGAGGGAGGUCAACAAAUGGGUAAUGGACAUCUACCCGAUGGUGCCCAACCCCUACACCCUGUUGAGCUCUAUUCCGCCUAGCCACACUUGGUACACGAUCCUAGACCUAAAAGAUGCCUUUUUCAGCCUCCCAUUAGCUCUCAAGAGCAAAGACCUCUUUGCUUUCAAAUGGCACGACCCUGACAAAGGAAUCAACGGACAGUUAACAUGGACUAGGCUCCCCCAAGAGUUCAAGAACUCUCCCACCAUCUUUGAUGAAGCCCUACACGAGGACUUAGGUGAGUGUCGCUCCCAAAACUCCCAAUUGACUCUUUCGCAGUACGUGGAUGAUCUGCUUAUUGCAGCUGAAAGUCGAGACACCUGCUUGACCAGCCCCUAAAGGUUGCUGCAAACCCUGGGGGACCAAGGAUACCGGGCCUCUGCCAAAAAGGCCCAGAUCUGUAAAGAAGAAGUACAAUACUUGGGCUAUAUCCUUAAGGAAGGUAAGUAAUGGCUGUCACAAGUGAGAAAAGAGACUGUCCUAAGAAUCCCUACCCGUAGGAAUGCCAGACAAGUGCGGGAAUUUGUAGGAUCAGCCGGUUUCUGCAGACUCUGGAUUCCUGGGUUCGCUGAGAUAGCCCGGCCUCUGUAUGAGGCCACCAGAGGGCAGCCUAACUUCCUCUGGACUGGGGAACAUCAGAGGGCUUUUGAGACCUUAAAACAGGCCCUCUGGUCAGCACCUGCUUUGGGCCUACUGGACGUGACUAAACCAUUUCACCUGUUUAUAGAUGAACAUGGAGGAAUAGCCAAGGGUGUCCUGACUCAGCGCUUAGGCCCAUGGCGCCGCCCUGUGGCCUAUCUGCCAAAAAACCUUGACCCAGUAGCCGCAGGAUGGCCCCCAUGCCUCCGCAUGAUAGCGGCAGUAGCUCUUUUGGUCAAGAAUGCAGACAAACUGACACUGGGACAAGAGUUAACUAUCACCACUCCCCAUGCCAUCGACGGAGUCUUAAAAGAACCGCCAGAUUGCUGGCUCAGCAAUGCUUGCAUGACACAUUAUCAGACUUUGUUGCUUAAUCCUACCCGAAUCAUUUUCCAGGCCCCCACAGCCCUAAACCCAGCUACACUGCUGCCAGAUCCGGACCUAGGAGCACCCUUACACGACUGUGCCGAGGUCCUGGCUCAAAUUCAUGGGACCCGCUCUGAUCUAAGGGACACUCCACUUCCAGAUGCAGAGGUUACUUGGUUCACAGAUGGCAGCAGCUUCAUGCAGGAGGGACAAAGGUAUGCGGGGGCGGCAGAAGUGUCAAUAAAAGAAACUAUUUGGGCAGAACCUUUGCCCACUGGCACUUCAGCACAAAAGGCUGAGCUCAUAGCCCUAACCAAAGUCUUGACUUUGGGAAAAGACAAAAAAUUAAACAUAUAUACAGACAGCAGAUACGUUUUCGCUACCGCACAGGUCCAUGGGGCCAUAUACAGAGAACGGGGACUGCUCACAGCUGAGGGAAAGACUAUCAAAAACAAAGAAGAGAUCCUAAUCCUAGCCUUAUUAAAAGCUCUAUGGCUCCCCAAAAAGCUGGCUAUUAUUCACUGCCCAGGUCACCAAAAGGAUAAUAAUCCAAUCUCUAAAGGCAACAACCUAGCAGACCAAACAGCCAAGCAAGCUGCUCUCAGAGCCAAUCAUACCCUGGCCAUUACUCUGGUUGACCCUGGAGACCCUACUCUCCCUAAACUCAUCCUCCCUGAAGACCUAGGGAUAAGAGCCCUAACCGAGAUACACCGUGCCUCCCAUAAGGGAAUCAAAAGAAUGCAAGUUUUAGUUCGCCAUGCUAAGAUAAAAAUCAGAGAUGCUAACUCUAAGAUUGAACAGACUGUGGCCAAUUGCAAGUCAUGCAAACUCACUAACACCAUGAAAAAUCCUAACAACCCCGGAACUCGCCUGAGGGGAAGACAACCCGGAGCCUACUGGAAGACAGACUUCACUGAGGUAAAAUCAGGACUAUAUGGGUACAAAUAUCUACUGUUUAUAGAUACUUUUUCAGGAUGGACAGAAGCGUUCCCAACCAAGCAUGAGAUCGCCCAGAUCGUGGCCAAGAAACUCCUAGAAGACAUCUUCCCCAGGUAUGGUUUUCCUCAGAUGAUAGGGUCAGGCAACGGACCUGCAUUUGUGUCCAAGGUAAGUCAGAGUUUAGCCAAAGUCCUGAGGAUUGAUUGAAAAUUAUAUUGUGCGUACAAACCCUAGAGUUCAGGACAGGUAGAAAGAAUGAAUAGAACCCUAAAAGAGAUCUUAACUAAAUUCACCUUGGAGACUGGCGGAGACCGCGUGGCUCUCCUUCCCUUUGCACUCUAUAGGGUGCGUAACUCCCCAUACCAGAUGGGAUUAAUUCCUUUUGAAAUCAUUGGGAUGGCCCCUCCCAUCAUUCCCAAUCUCCAGGCAUGGGUGAUUAACGAGUUUGAAGAUCAACGCCUACUGGACGACUUAAAAAAAAUCCAGUGGGUCCAUAAACAUGUCUGGCCUAAAUUGCAUGCCCUCUAUAAAACAGGUCCACCACAGGAGACGCAUCGCUUCCACCCCGGUGACUGGGUCUACGUAAAGAGACACCACCAGGGCAACUUGGAAUCACGCUGGAAGGGACCUUAUGUUGUACUACUGACCACCCCAACGGGCCUAAAAGUAGACGGCAUUGCUGCCUGGGUCCACUACACCCACGCCAAACCAGCUGACCCGUUUGCUGACAAGGACGACUACUUGGCUCCGAAUCCAGAUUGGAGGGCCGUCAAGGACCCAGAAAAUCCACUAAAGCUCAAACUACAGCGGAAAGCAUGA